AUGCGAUCAACAAGUCUCCUCCGUUCUUUGCGCAUGCAAAGUAGAUGUCUGCCGCGCAUUCGAGCAGCAACGCAAAUACCUUCACCUUUCCAGACAGCAAGACCGACUCUCAUCUCACACAAACCAACCGCGCUCGCCUUCACAAGAUACAAUUCUAGCUCAUCAUCAUCAUCACCAGCAUCAAAUACUCGUGAUCCACGGCCCUUGACCGACCACGCCUCCGAUACCGCCGCUGCCACAGCCAACGAAGAACAGAACGCUGCUCGAAGAGCCGAAGAACCAGCUUAUCAGAUUUCCUUUACCUGCAAACCGUGCGGAACUCGGUCGACACAUCGAAUGUCCAAGCAUGGCUACCACAAGGGCACAGUGUUGAUCGCUUGUCCAUCGUGCAAAAACCGCCACAUAAUCGCCGACCACCUGGGCAUCUUCUUGGACGAUAAAACCACACUGGAGGAUAUUCUGGCUAAGCAGGGAGCGAACGUCACCAAGGGACACAUUGAAGGGGAUAUGGAAUUCUGGGAAGACGGGUCCGUCUACAAGACCGGGAUUAGCCAGGAGGAGUCUUCUGAAGCUAGCACCAAGGAGAGCUCGUAA